GCCGGUUCCUGGCGGGUCUUUCUAGAUUCACUUGCUGUCGGUUUCGGUGCGUGCUCUGGAGUUGCCGGGCCGGCUAUCAUGACUUCUGCCCUGGAGAAUUAUAUCAACCGAACUGUUGCUGUUAUUACUUCUGAUGGGAGAAUGAUUGUGGGAACACUGAAAGGUUUUGACCAAACCAUUAAUUUGAUUUUGGAUGAAAGCCAUGAACGAGUAUUCAGCUCUUCACAGGGAGUAGAACAAGUGGUUCUAGGGUUAUACAUUGUAAGAGGUGACAAUGUUGCAGUCAUUGGAGAAAUUGAUGAAGAGACAGAUUCUGCACUUGAUUUGGGGAAUAUUCGUGCAGAACCUCUGAACUCUGUAGCACAUUGAGGAAAGACUACACACAAUGGACAGCUGUAAAUUUUUGUACAGAAGCUUACUGUGAGGAUGAUGUCCAGAAUUUUAAUGAAUGUGUAAUUGUGGAUUUUGACUGUAUUGAUUCAUUGUAAUAUGAUGUAAAUUAAAGUAUUUCUACAUUUUAUUGAAAA